UCCACCCCUCUCUGACUCAUUUGCUUUCCGACCCAGGUAGGAGACGACGCGUUGAGACCCGGAGAGCGAUCCUUGUCCAGAGCAGAGAGAUGGCUUUGUAGACUUGCACCGAUCUCGAAGUGAACGAGCGUGUCUUGCACGCUGCUAGAAAACCAGCAUGAUGGAGUCUUUUGCCCCCACCACUAUCCCUGCCUGCAGGAGCCAAGCCACUCCUUGCCUGCUGCAUCCCAAUCCUGCACUGGACCUGAGUAAUCAUCCCUACAAUGUCCCUGCUGGCAGCACUGACGAUGGACCUGGACCUCACCAUGAUCCCAGCUAGCACGAUGACCUACAGGCCGGAGCUGCUCAAGCACCGGCCGUUCCAAGCCGGUCAUUGUGAGCUGCUAGCCGGACCUGUGGAUGAGGGUUUUGUCCUCAGUAUGGAGCGGCCACUAUUGGCAGGCGAUGGCUUCUCUGACUGGAUGACGGAGCGCACAGACCUGGCCACGCUCCUGAGUGUGUCAGGAGAGCCCUUGCCACUGUCACUGCCCUCCCCUCCUGCUCCAGACCUGGAGGCCAUGGCUUCACUGCUCAAGAAAGAGUUGGAGCAGAUGGAGGAUUAUUUUUUGGAGGAGUCGCUCUCACCAGAACAGGUAGCGCCCAGCACCCCACCCUCUGAUGGAAAUUUCCAUUUUCCUUUUGGUGACGCUUUGCAACCCCUGGACCACCACAGUACCCCUGCUCCCCUGCAGACCUUGGAUUCAAGCUGCUUAGAGUUGCUGGAGCUCUAUGGCAGAGAGACGCCUGCUGAGCUCCCCCUGCAAGCCAAUGAAGUCCAUGUCCCAGUACAACGGCCACCCAAGGGGGACCGGCGCCAGAAGAAGCGAGACCAGAACAAGACUGCAGCCCUGCGGUACCGUCAGCGUAAACGGGCUGAACACGAAGCACUGGGAGAUGAGUGCCAGGCCCUGGAGGCACGCAAUCGUGAGUUGCGAGAGAAAGCAGAAUCUAUUGAAAGAGAGAUCCAGUAUGUCAAGGACCUGCUCAUUGAAGUUUACAAGGCACGAAGUCAGCGCGUGCGCACCUCCCUCUAGAAGCAAGGAGUUGUCCUUCCGGUCUCAUUUACCUUCCCUCAUUCCUCAGAAGAAAAUCCUAAAGGAAAAGCUAAGAGAACAGUGGAUGCAGAUAAGAACGGAACAAGCAUGUAGGAUUAAUGUUUGAGAAAUGCUGAAAAUUCAUAGUUUGCAUAAUGCUUAGGAGGAUAGGACCCAAUAAAUGAAUUAGGUAAGAAGGAUUCAGCAUUGUAGGGCUUAUGGAUUCUGUGCAGGUCAGGGUAAAGAACAGAAUGGAUUCCAUUUGGAGGAUGCUGUUGACUAAUGAGAUAUGAAGGGCCCCAGAUUACCUCUUCUGGUAGUAAGAUUUCUUGAAUAGGCUUUGUCAGGGGUAGUACUACUCUCCCUUCCUUUUCUAUAUCUGCCUCUCCACAACAGGAAUAAAAAAAUAAUAUCAAGAGACUCCCUUUUUAUAUGUAGACUUCACAGUACUUCUUUCUUGAGCUAUCUUUUUUUUCAAAUUAUGCACCAAUAAACACUUGUUUUAAACAGUCA